AUGACUCAGCAGAUGCAGUUUACUCGGUCCCUUGGUGACAAGCAGACAACCACAACCGCAUGGACAUCUAGCAGCAGUAGCUCACCACCACGUAUUGUGACAUUUGCAAGGCAGAAGAAACCACCCUCGCCAGUUGUGUACCAAAGUCGAGCACAAAAAGAAUACUCUGCUAAUCAGUCGGAAGAGCUGCCGCGACGGCAGCAGCCACAUACUCAAAUAACGACACAGCGCGAUGGCUCAAGUGCAAAAUCAAUAGCUUUGAGGUCAAAACCAAGAAAACCCGCCUGGGAUGCCGACGUUAGCCAUAACUUGACGCUGUUCGAUGCGUCGCUAAAGAAGUCGAUCUUGUUUCAACCCCGAGCAACCGGCGACCAUGUAGAUGACACAUCACAGUCACUUGCACAAAGUCAAGUUACGAAAAGAAAGAAAAAGGCUCAUUCGCGUUCAAAGCUUGUACGGUAUCGAUCUGGACCAUCCAGUGUGUACUCACAGCAACGCCAGAGCGUACAUUGGCCGCAACGUAAGCCCAAAGACUUCGUUCAGCAAAACAUUGUACAUCUUACAGGGCAACAAAUGUAUACACCUUCUAAACAAAGCAAAACACGGUCACGUAAUCAAGAAGAAGCAUCUAAACGACAGUCGACAUUUCAAGUGGGCAGGCCAUUACGAAAGUCGCAUACACUAGAGAAGGCAGCAAGAACCGAACAAGACUCCAACGAUGCGCCGUCUUUAGAGGUGUCGUCACAAUUAUAUUCCCCACCAGCAACGGAACAUCUAUCAGCCUUGCCAAUUGAUGGUUCACCACCAAACAAAGUUAUGUCGUCGUCCGUAUACUUGUCACCUCAACGAUCCCAGCAGUCUCACUCAUCGAGUCGCUCUCCUUCGUCUCGUCGUAUUUCCACAAACCGAGUCUACCGCACCCAUGUGCAGAGUCACCGCGAUAACUACUUAGCGCAAGUGUUUCGAGUGCUUGAUCGAGAUCAUAAAAAGCGAAUCGGCGUGAAUCAAGUUCUGCAGGGACUUCGACUACUGAGCCUACCAGCUACACACAGUCAGAUCUCCGACUACAUUUACCUCAUUCAUGAAGGUCUUUACGACUCAAUUGAUCUAGAAGAGUGGGAAAUUUUGGUGAGUACACUAGAUGCUGCAUCACGCCCAGCCGAAUCCCCACGCAAAGCGCAUGCAGGUUCAAAGAACGCCACGACCUCCCGUUCACCAUUCAGUCACCAGGUUUCUUUGCCUCCGUCAUCCCCACGGUCCACUUCACCUCAUUCACGAUAUCGUCCAUCGAGUGCAUCAUCCUUAAAUCAAAACGACCUUGUGUCCGCUGGGGCAAAUCAGACUACUCACGACAUCGAAUCCUGUCAUGUAACUUCAAUUCAGCGAGAGCCGGCAAAACAUCAGCCCCUUUCAGAUGAUGAUCCCUAUCUCAAAGAAAUACAGAAUCGCAUCGAGGAAAUGUUUGAUAAAGCGCAAGCAUUGCGUUUGGCACCUGAAGCAACGAAUAUUCAAUUCGCAGAUGAUUUAGAUCGAAGUAGAUCUGAUCGUGUACUGAAGCGAGCAACUCGUGUCGUGUAUAAUCUUCGGGCUUCUCUAUUUCCACUUGUGCACCAAGCUGAGUCCAUUCUGCGAGAGCUCCAACAACGGCAUUGCGCGAACCUGUCGCUUUUUCUUCCUCCAAAUGACAUGGCUGCGAUCGCGCGAAAUUCCGAUGUUCUCGCCACAGCCAUCUUGGAUGACAUUUUACUGGACACGGUUCAGUUACUGAAUGAUGAAGAGAAACAAAAGUCUCGAUAUCAGUUGCAGGUUCACCAUGCCGGGCAGCUUGACAAUGUCAUGAAUCGCAUUCUGGAGAUUGAACGCGAGGAGGAUAACAUGAUUCAUCAAGGGCUCGACAUGAAGUAUCAAUCCGUAAAUAUCAAACGCGAUCAUUCACCAGUUUUACCUCCAGAAGAUCACGCAAAGGUAUAUCAACACGAAUGUGCUGAGACGCCAAAAUUGACUCUCCCAUUAGAAGUGGUGAUGAAUAUUAGCGCUUCAGACGAUGACAGUGAUCAGUUAUCGCCUGGUGUAGUUGGAACUCAGAUCUUUGAAAAGAGCGAAUGCGCAUCUACAAGAGAUAAUUCUUUGGCUCAGCAAGUUGUGUUGCCAGGCAUCAUCGCGAAUACUUCGAUUCUUGAAGGCAAACGCCUUCAAUUGAUUGAACGUAGACGACGCAAGUUUGAGCAUCACCGUCGACUUGUGGAAUCCUCGUUGGCUGAAAGUGGAAUGACGCAAUGUGCAGUUAUUGAAAUUUUGGAAGGAAUUCUUGUCGAUGUCGGACACGCUGCUGACCAAUUUGCUGUGAAAUCGUGUACGCUUGUCUUUACCUACUUGCUUCAAAGUUUGGCAGAAUGUUUAACAAAGGAUAAGAAGCGAUACGUGGUCUUAUAUUCAACUGUUGCUGAAGGUACUUUUACCUUCACUUUGGAAAUCGUUGAGAGUCCAACUUCGGCAAGAUCGCCCAGGCACCGUCGCAACUUAAUAAAUGGUGCAUUUUUGGUAUCCAUCUCCCCUGGAGAAGCGGCGGGGUCUUCCGGCGCAGCAUUAUAG